AUGGCCAAGGAAAUGAGGUUUGUUCAAACAUGGGGAGAGGUAGCACCCAGGCUUAUUGUAUCACACCAGAAACAACAACAGCAAUUCUCGAGCUCACCGAAGCUUGAGACGAUUCAUGAAGAAGGAUGCUGCGUUGUCGAUAGUUUUGCUGUUAGGGCGCCGAAGCGGAUUGUGAUCUUUCUUCCUCUUGUCUGA